AUGUCGCGUUUGCCAAAGAUGCACGGUGCUUUCGCUGAAACGUGCCACUUUUUAAUGAUCAACUCUGACCGCGCAACGUCCAUACUCAAAUACUGGAGCAGAGGAGAAAUAGAGAACUAUACAUCUAGAGACGUGUAUUCAUUCUCACCAUGUGCCGCCAUCCUGAAGCAUUCCCCUUCUGAUGUGCAGAACCCUGCUUGUCUCGAGAUAGAGACUCACAAUUACCCUGAUCGUUCCAACUGUUCAUCCCCGCCGUUUACUGCCCACGAUAGAUUUAUUAUCAAUCGCAGGUUAAUCCCUACGUUCAUGCUUGAAAUAUUUCUGGAUCCACUGGUAGCGCUCAUGACCGUUGCCGAUUCUAUUUAUAGCGACAGUAGAUUUUUGGAUCAUAGCAUCGCACCGGUUGUUUUCAAAGACUGUAGGGUUUUCAAGUACUACACCGAAAGAGCAUUACUCAAGCAUUUCUCAAUCCUACUCGAUGCCGUGUUUUACGUGCCUGGUGUAGUACCUUCAUCCUCUGCUGAAAUGCCUGACAGACGCAUAAAACUCACAACGAUGACUUUCUUGCGCGACAACUACCUGCGUUUUGCAAAAAUUGUACGAGAUAACCACGAAGGCGAUCCCAAAACUCCGAGAUGGAUGUUUAUGUUAUGA